CGUUCUUUCUUUCCUUCCUUCUACACUCACCUUCGUCGUUCCUUGACGCGGCUGGCCUGCAUUCAAGGCAUUUUCUCGGGAUUUCGUUCUUUUACUAGUCUUUUGUUAGAUUUCAUCUUGCGAGUCAAGAUUGUAUCUUUAUGGCAGCAUUUGCUACGAUGAGAAGGUCAUUGAAAUGGAAGUUGGAGGCAUUAUAUACCCGUAUCACCCUCAACCGACUUACCACUAUAUUCUUUCUCUUCGGUUUUUUCCACUGCUUUGCCCAGGGGACCAUCCAAUCCUUACUUUUCUCAGUCGACUCCCGAUACAGCACAUUGCUCAGUCAUAUUACCAUCGCCGCCAAUGUUCCUCCAGCGAACCAUACAUUCUUCGCGGGUUCGACCCUACGGGUGUGUAAUUUCCUUCCUCACAACGACGGUUCUUGUUCGGAUGUCUUUACGAUUAACCGGCCUCCGUCAGCCAUGUCCACUGAUAACGACCAGAACGUGCGUCACCACAAAGAAUCAGUGAACUUAAUCUCACAUUUUCUUCAGAUUACUGAGAACAAUGGUAUCUGGCGCGCUGGUCUGGAUGGUUCAGGCUUCUCCAUCAAGGCCUCGGAUGACACAGUGUCUGUCAGCCCGCUCGGCGAAAGCAGUGACAUAACCUUGAGCAAGAUUUGCAUCCAGACUCUACUUUUACCAUCCAAGAGUACCUUGUCAAAUUUUCGUCGGGAAAACCUUGCGUUUGUCUUCUUGCAAUUCUGGCUCUUUGGCAUCUCCGUCCUUGCCAUGAUACAGGAUUCCGUGCCUCAUCUUCUCGCUGGGAUCGGUGCCCGGAUACUGCUUACAGCAUGGUCUGCAUACGCGAUCUGGCGUACGCAUCAUCUGUCGAGCGUGUACAAGGCUCUUCUCAGUGAUCCUGGCACACCGUGUUCUGUUGAUUUCUUCCCAACGUAUUUCAGUACUCGUUCGUCGCUGGAGAUCCCCGACCUUGUGUUGAAUCUCACCGCCUUGACCAUCAUGAUAUGGACAGUCCUUAGGGUAUACGCUGUGCAAUCAUACAAAUGUGUUGGUGCACCAGCUCAUAUCCUCAGAAUCCACAAGUUUUUCAUGGCCAUACAAGCAUGCUUGCAGCUCGAGGUCUACAUCCUUCCGGCGGGAAUGGGACUUUGGAUCGAUCAAUUGUUCAACACUUAUAUUAAAUAUAUCUCCGAACAUACGCAGGUUUAUGAAAGUGUUUUCAUAUUCUACACUGUCAUGGUUGUCCCAUGGAUGAUACUGGGAUGGUAUGCGAUUCGGUACGAGAGAAAGAAAUGGAUGUUCACAUUUAUCUUUAUCGGCUUCGUGUUCCUCUUGUGUGAGAGUAUCAUGUUCUAUUCUCAAGUCUAUCAAUGGACGUUUGUCAUGUGGCCUAACCUUGCCUGCUUCACGGUCUCUUUCAUGAUCGUCAUCGUCGCCUGCAUAAUCUUGGGCAUCGUUUGUCUACGGAACUUUGAUCAAGGGCUGGCGCAGUACUUGAACGCCGAAUCCGUGCUGGCAUCGUCCAAUUUUGCCCCGGAGGUCUUUCAACAUCGUGAGGACAUGGAUAUUGAGAAGCGCCGCUGCCUGAAUUCCCGGUUCCACUUCAUGUCCUUAAGGGUUCCGAUGAGCUCGAUAGGCCUCUGUCGACGUACUUCCUGCCUACGCUUCAUGCUGAUGAUACGAGCUACGGUGGUGUUAUCGGCGUGAAGAAAGAUCGUUGGUAGUAGUUACCGUACCUGAAGACAUUGAUGAACACAGGGACUAUUUUCGAUUUCAUAGAGUAUGCACUAGAUUGUGGGUGCUCGGACUUUUUACUUCGUUUUCAUUGGGUUCGCAGUGCGAUAUGUAACGAGCUUUUCCAGAUGUAUGGGUUAUUGGAAGCAGAGAGGAAAAUAUCAUCAAAGCUCUCUGCAUUUUGAACGGUAUGAUACAUGAAAAACCGCGUGGACUCUGAUUGAAUAAGGGAGUCAGCCAAAAAUAACACAGGAAGGUAUU